AUGGCCGCCACCGCCGUGCCCACGUUCACGAGCAUGAAUCCGAUCUGGCCGAUCGCUGUCUCCAUCCCGGAGAGCGUGCCCGCGAUGGCGUUGACCGACUCCUGGAGCGUGUCGAUGGCUAUCGCGAAGUCCGCCAUCCCGGCACCUUCCGAGGAUGCGAGCUACUACGAGCUGCUAGGCGUCGACGACGAGGCGGACCUCGAGGCACCUUCCGAGGAUGCGAGCUACUACGAGCUGCUAGGCGUCGACGACGAGGCGGACCUCGAGGCGCUGACGGUCGCCUACCGCCAGCGGGCGCUUGCGGAGCACCCGGACAAGGGCGGCGAUGCCGCACGCUUCCACGAGAUCGCCAGGGCCUUCAAGGUGCUGUCAGACCCAGAGGCGAGGAGGGAGUACGACGAGAAGCUCGCCAAGGCGGAGGAGAGGGCGCAGCUGGUGGAGGGCGGGCCCGCCAAAGGUGCGGCUGGGAUGUCUGCCAAGCAGGCGCAGGCGCCUAUGGCGCGCCAGAAGACCGCCCCGAUGCCAGGCUCCAAGAGGCAGGCCAAGAUGCGCUGCGGCCAGCCCGGCAACUACAACGCGUGCGCAGAAGAGUGGAAGAACAUGGGCUCUGCCUUCAGGGUCCUCAUGGCGAUCACAGACGACGUGACGCCCGAGCAGAAGACGGAGGAGCUGAUGGACAAGUAUGCCGCCCUGCCGAGGGGCAAGGACAAGAAGCGGGAGUGGGUCAACGGCCUGCGCGGUAAAGACAAGCAGGAUUUCCUGUUUUCCAGUGCGAUUGCCAGCGGCUCACCAGAUUACGGGCGCCGCGACACGCGCACUUAG